GACUUUUUGGCGGGAAUGCGAGGAGUGAAGUUGUGUGAUUUGUUUUAUUUUGUUUAUUUAGUGUUUCUUCGAGUUUAAAUGUGUAAUAAUGGUGGUUUAUUAACUGUUUAAUAUCUGUGAAAGUGCACAAAUGUGGGAAAAUGAAACAAAGCCGCUGGACGUAACUUCUCGGGAUCCUCCAAAAAGUCCAUUAAAAUAAUCUUAGUAAAUGACCACCAUUUUACUGAGAUUAUAUUUCAUCCCAUUUCAUUUCAUUUAAUUUCAUCUCAGUUGAUUAAUGUCUCAAAUUAUUCAUCUUCAUUUCAUUUCACUCCAUAAUAUCAUUUUUCAUAAAAAUAUUAAUAUUAAUUAAAACAAGACAUGACUUAAAGGUCUCAGUUACCAGGUCAUAAAAUCCCUUAAAAAAAAAUUAUUAGACGAAGUCAACUGACGUUUACUGUGUUGUCAGUUUUUGAUGAAAUAAAAAUAGUGUUGUGACAAAGUGAACGAUUGAAAAAACUCCUGAAUUAAUGAAAUUGCCUCGAUUGUCUAGUGAAUAGUUGGUGUGCCGAAUUGCCGAUAUCGGGUACGGGGUUCGAAUUUUAGGCGUGCUUUGUACAUACCAACGAGUUUUCGACGAAACAUUAUGUUCCUAUAGUAUCUACCUGUACUGAAUACCGAGUGUUUUAAACAUUAAGAAAAACAUUGCGAGGAAGCUUGUAAGACUGUCCUAUUUCCAAUACAUCAUACAGUUGAAAGUAUAGAUGUAUAAAAUAUAACAAUUAAAGGUAGGUAAUGAAAAUAAAAAACUGAUUGUAGUUACAAACUACUAGUAACAUAUAUUGGAGCACUUUAAUACAAUUUUAUUGUAAAAAUAAUAUAUAUAUAAUAUAAAUAAUAUUCUUUUAUAGUUUGAAAUUAAUGAUUAACUCUUCACACUCAUGUGAUUGAACGAGAACUGAAUGCAUCACUAUUAGUUUAAAUAUAGCAACAUUAUUUUACAAAGUGACAUUAGCGACUGUCAGCUGGCUUCGUCUAAUUAAAAAUCCGACUAUAAACAUGUUUAUCGUUACGCUGCGUUAGUGUUAAAACAACAAGUUUUUAAUUGUCCAUUAUUUACUAAUUACUGAACAAUUCAGCUUCUUGCAGAAUCUCCAAGAUGAGUGAGAAAUCAACCCCACUGCUGGCUGUUUUACAGUUACUUAGAAAGUACAAUCUAAAGAGUACAGAAGACAUUUUAAGAAAAGAAGCUAGUCUAGGAGACGUCGAAUGUGAAAGCUUAGAUCUUCCUGAAGUAGAACUAGCGAGCAUUCUUACCGCUCAUCACACUGAAAGCGACCCCUUUACGUACGAAUUGGCGUACGACGGUCUAAAAAAAUUUAUUGAAAAUUCUUUAGAUUUGUACAAGUAUGAAUUGUCCACACUAUUGUAUCCUGUGUUUGUUCACAUGUAUCUUCUGUUGAUACUGUAUGAUCAUGUUGAACACGCUGUCAGUUUCUUGGAAAAGUUUGGAAUAGAACAAGAAGAUUACUAUCAAGAGGACUUGAAAAAGUUGUCUAUUGUAAAACAUAAGGAUCAGAUAAAAGGAAAUGAACUAGCAGAAAUAUACAGCACAAAUAAAUUUACAGUUCAGUUAUCAAGAGAUGCAUCUUCACAACUGAAACGUUACUUACACGAACAGAAAAAUUCCUCAGUAAUAAUAAAUAUAAUAAAUAAUCAUAUACAAAUCGAAGUCCAUGAUGGUCCAGGAAGAACUCAAGCACAAGUUCGAGCUACAGCUGGAGGGGUACUUGGAGAACCAAUGAAAAGUGAAAAUCGCACCAAAGUGUAUUAUGGGCUCCUGAAAGAGCCCGAUAUUCAAGUUCUACCGGCUCCGGUAGAAGACGAAGAAGAAGUAGAAGAAACCCCUGACAAACCAAAAAAGAAAAAAGCGAAAAAAGAUAAUCUUUUUAUGAAGAAACCAAAAUCUGACCCAAAUGCACCUCCUAAUGACAGGAUCCCUCUACCAGAUCUAAAAGAAAUUGAUAAAGUAGAGAAAGGCAAAGCACUCAGAGAAGCAUCAAAACGUGUUCAGCUAGGACCAGACAGCUUGCCCUCUAUUUGUUUCUAUACAUUACUGAACAGCGGACAUACUGCAAUUAGUUGUGAUAUUUGUGACGAUUCCACCCUUUUGGCUGUGGGAUUUAAUAACUCAAACAUAAAGGUAUGGACAUUGACUCCCAUUAAACUGCGAGGAAUGAAAUCUGCAGAAAAACUACAAGAUAUAGACAGGGAAGCAGGUGAUGUACUCGUGAGGAUGAUGGAGGAAAAGGACCGUGAUACGUGCCGCAACCUUUUUGGGCACUCCGGCCCCGUUUAUAAAGUUGCAUUUGAUCCUUUUAAAACAAUGCUGCUUUCGUGCUCUGAGGAUACAACUGUGAGAUUGUGGUCACUACAGUGUUGGACGUGUCUUGUUGUGUACCGUGGACACGUAUGGCCGGUCUGGGAUGUGCGCUGGUCCCCUCAUGGCCACUACUUUGCUUCCAGCGGCCAUGAUCGUACUGCUCGACUAUGGGCGACUGAUCACCACCUUCCACUGAGGAUAUUUAUAGGACAUUAUUCGGAUGUAGAUUGUAUUCAGUUCCACCCGAACUCAAAUUAUAUAGCAACUGGAUCUAGCGACAGAACAGUUCGACUGUGGGAUUGUUUAACUGGUAGUCAAGUUCGAAUAAUGACAGGACAUAAGUCAACCAUUUUCACGUUGGCCUUUUCCGUUUGUGGAAGAUGGAUUGCUUCUGGUGGCAGUGGUGGAGAUAUGAUGGUUUGGGAUUUAUCUACUGGGGGUCCAGCCGCUUCGUUACCCCCGGCACAUACUGCUCCCAUACACGCCUUAGCCUUCAGUCGUGAUGGAACAGUUCUAUCGUCAGGCUCAUUGGAUUGUACAAUAAAAUUGUGGGACUUCACAGCCAUAACAGACGAAUCUCCCAUUGAAGAAACUCUAAAUAACCCUAUACCAAAAGAAGACAAAUAUCUAUUACAAUCAUUUGCCACUAAAAGUUCCCCUGUAAAAGGCUUGCAUUUUACAAGACGCAAUUUACUACUUGCUGUUGGCACAUAUGAGAGCAGUGCUUAAUUAUAUUUGGGUACUUGUGAAAUACAAGUGACAUUACAUUAUAAAAAAUUAAAAAUAUUAAGACAGAAACAUUGACUUUAUUACAACUAUACUACUUGAAGAAAAAAGGAACGCUCUGAAGUAAUAAAUUGUAUUAUUAAAUUUAAA